AUGCCUUGGGUCAAGGAUAGAGGGACUCAGGGCGAGAAGAAGUACGCCUGCACCGAGAGUCACGCUGCAUCCGACCGGAGCCCACAGAUCAACGCAACCGCCAGCCCAGAGGCUAUCAGCGACGCGACCCAGCAACCACAAGUUCACCCAGCCGAUGGUCACGGCGAGGACAGCCCGGGAUCUCUACUACCCCAGGAUAGCGGCACGGCAAAACAGGCAAAACAAGUCGGCAACGCAGCCGCGCAGGACUCCUCAACUCAUCAACACCGCGAGGCAGAGCCAGAGAACCAGGUCCCAGCAAACACUCACAGCGACAACUCGACCACCGAUAUUGAGGCCAGCAGAGAUCCAUCAAGCGACGGCUCUGACGAAGACAUACCUAUGCGAGAGGCAGAGGACUCCCCGACUACUACUCCCCUUGCAGGCUCUACCAGGCAGGCGGCCGCGGCCGACUCACGACCGGACCCGCUAAUCAAGCAAGAACCCGAACCGGAAGGCUAUGAUCCAGACGCGCUCAUGACCGGCGUCGAGCAACCGACGUGUGGCCGACAAGACCUACCCGAGGCUACAGCGAUCACGCCGCCGCAGGCUCACGAGAGUGAAGGUGGCCCCAAACCUGUCGUUGCCAAUGACCAACCAGCAGAAUCCCCCGGCCCAGAGGACAGCACGAGUCGGCUGGCUAGCAUAUCUACCCCCGUUGGGGACACGGCCACGCCGCUCCCAAUCACAAAUCCGGCCAGCCGAGGCGCUUCCUCCCACCGUGAGGACUCAGCCAGCGCACAGAUCAGCACACCGUCUUUAUCCAGCAUCACUACACUUCAAGAUCGAACCGCGCAACCGCCAGCUACGCUAAACCCAUCAAGCCAAGAUGGUGACGCGCAUCUCAAUAUACAAGACAGAUCUCACGACACGACACCUCAAGGCAGCGACAUGACCGAGGAUACAUCCCGCGCCACCACCCCAGAUACGCACCUCACAUCGCCAGGCACCUCGGUGCCAGACUCGCCGCCCCAAUCGACUUUAUCGGAAGCCGAUAUGGGAGAAAGACUGGUCGAAACGCUCGGGAGGAGUAUCAAACGGGACGAUUCUAUGCACAAGAUAUCAGUUCCCAACCUGCCCAUCGACCUAGAUUUAAUCAAGGCACAAUAA